CGCCAGCUAAUCAACAAACGCUCAAUGCUGGUGGUAGUUGUGAUAGGACCAGCAAACCGAUGACAACGACUUGGUAUGCCGCGACCUGCACGCCGUACUGGGCCGUUUUCUUUUCGCCAGUUUUCUUGCAACCUACCUGCCGCGCGGUUCGCGUAACGGGUUACCGACCACAUCUCUCUCGCUCUGUGGGGUGUGUUGCUUAUUAUUGCUAACAGCUGUGCGUGUCGCUAUUUCGCGACUGUGAUAUGAUCGAUUGUUUCGAUCGGUGCAAAGGAUAAACGCGUGUGCUAAAAACUGGUGUGCUGUAGAAGCCCUCGAAUUGUGGAAGGCGUGACACAAGGGCAGUGACGUAGUGCUGUGUUUAAUAUUGUUCCCCGAGCAAGGGGAAUCAAUUAAUGCGUUAUCGGCAGUGAGACAAACAUACCUGGCAGAUGAUAGCGGUUCCCUUUGCUGCUGUGUAACACCAGCCCCGCCGGAUUUCAACCCCUGGCGUUAUUAGCACGAGCGAUGAGACUAGUGCCCAACAUCUACAAUGAAAGCAUUGAAACACCACUAGGAGGAAUCGCGAAACAUCUAACGCAACCGCAAGAAUCGCGAGGACUGCCGAACCAUUCAACUCGCCAGCAGCAGCAGCAACAGCAGCAGCAGCAGCACUUUGUCAAUCUAGGCAGUCUGAAGCGUUGGGGCGAACAGUCAGAAGACGAUCGCGGCCAGCCCCGUCCGCGUCCGACCGAUUAUAGCCAAUUUGCUCCAAACGUUGAAGCCGGCCCAAAGCACCCAGUUACUCCGUUUCCGUGCGAUGCCCAGAUCAACAAUCGUUUCGUAAUUUGGGAGGGAGACAUCUCGCAGCUCAAAGUCGAUGCCAUCACCAACAGCACCGACGAAACGUUGACCGAAAAGAAUCGUGUGUCGAAGAAAAUCUUUGGCCGUGCCGGUGCAGCACUAACCUCCGCGAUCGUUCACGACGUGAGAAGAUGUAAGACUGGCGAAGUUCGUGUUACACCAGGAUUCUUCUUACCGUCAAAGUACAUUAUUCACACCGUCGGUCCCAUCUACAGCGAGAAGUACAGGACUGCUUCGGAAGCAACGCUGCACGCUUGUUAUCGCAACGUGUUGUACAAAGCAAGGGAACUAGGAUUAAGAACCGUAGCCCUAUGUGAUAUUAGCUCGGUGCAGCGCAACUUCCCACCAGAUACUGCUGCACACAUAGCAUUGAGGACUGUACGUCGUUUUCUGGAGCAAUACCGUGCCGAGAUUGUGAUAGUUUGCCUUGAAUCUAAUGCGCGCAGUAUCUACGAGGUACUAGCACCGUUGUACUUUCCGCGCGACGCGCUCGAAGAACGAAGUGCUUUGUGGCAGCUCCCGAAGGACAUCGGAGGACUGUAUGGUGAACCGCAGCUAGCUGAUCGUCAGAUUCGCAUCAUUCAUAACCCACAGCAUUCCGUCAUGAUAGAAGCUGAUGACGAUUCCGACACCAGCCCACAUGAUCUGGAAAUGGGAUCUGACGUCGAGUAUAGCAAUAUUAACCUAAGCCUGGCAGCUCAACUGUCCGGAGCAGCUCAUUCCUUCACCCAGAUGCAGGGUGAUUUAGAUCGACAACGUCUUCUGGGCGAUCGGCCACGCAUGGUUUACGAGAGUGUGCUUGACGAUGGCUUGGAAGGAAUCGAACACCAGGAAAGUUCACCUUUGUUGGUGGAUUGCGAUACGACCACAGAAAACUAUUGUCCGGAGAUGAUUGGCCACGUCCUGGCCACGCACGUCGGCAAACGAACCCGUAUUCUAGACGGCUCCUUUACGUACGUCGAGCUGAUGAAGCACUACCACUCGUCGCUCGACGAGAGCGAAUGGCAAAAGGAGAAUCUAUACGAACGACUGCUGCGACGCGCUAAAACGGAAGACCUGUCGGAAGUUUCUGGCAUCGGAUGUCUCUAUCAGAGCGGCGUAGACAGGCUCGGCAGACCGGUGGUCGUGUUCUGUGGCAAAUGGUUCCCCGCUCACAACAUCGACCUUGAGAAGGCCCUGCUGUACCUGAUCUAUUUGCUUGAUCCGAUCGUUAAGGGCGACUACGUGAUCGCCUAUUUCCACACGCUGACGAGCUCGAACAACUACCCAUCUCUGCAGUGGCUGAAGGACGUCUACAGCAUACUGCCCUACAAGUACAAGAAGAAUUUGAAAGCCUUUUACAUUGUGCAUCCCACUUUCUGGACAAAGAUGAUGACCUGGUGGUUUACAACGUUCAUGGCACCGGCAAUCAAGACAAAGGUGCACUCGCUCCCGGGCGUGGAGCAUCUGUAUUCGGCCAUCGCGAAGGAUCAGCUGGAAAUUCCGGCUUACAUUACCGAGUACGAUAUGGCGACCAACGGUAUACACUACUUCCAACCGAUCACAAACACAUCGUCGCCAGCGUCCUAAGCAUCGGACGGACCCGUCAACACCACUGUUGUUGUACGCGCCAUCAGCUUCCGGUUAUUGUUGAUGCGGAAGAUCGAUUAGCGAUCUUGUUUAUUGCACACUACACUGCACGUGAGCACAUAGUCUUAUCCCAAACAAAGAAAAAAGAAAA